UCCAAUCGACCAAUCAGAAGGCUCUUAUUAUAAUCAGCGGAACGCGGCGUCGUGGAUUAUCAUGGGAGCGCUGGAGUUUGUCGGGUCGCGUCGCUCGCUCGUAGCGUAUCAUGUGAUAGGGGCUGGAAUUUGACACCUCAGGGGUUCUAAACACUCAUGUGUUUAUGGGACUUGAUUUUGGCACGCACUCCUCCGUUUAGAGCGAGGAGCGCGUCCUGAGAAAGUGCCGCGCGCGAGCUGUCCUGGACCUGACGCGUCUGGGUCAGUCAACACAACCCUGCUUUCUGGUCGCACCGGACACAGGUUUAUGUGAAUAACGUGGAUGUUCAGAAUUAUGCAUCAUCACUACAGGGAGAGGUCGAGAGGAAACAUAAUAAGGAAUACAUUUGUAUCAUCUGUGGAUUAUUUUCACUUGUCCUUUUCUUAAUUUAUUUCACUCAAGUCCAUGACAGGAGAGCUCGAUCAGGACCCAAAAGAUGGCAAAGGGUGGAGAAGUCUGGAGACCUGCAUGGCUGCACCUGCCCGAUGUCACCUGAGGAACUGGAAGGUGAUGCUGCUUGUGUUUGUAUGUCUUCUGGGUCUCGUUGAUGGACAUUUCCUCCAGGAGGAGAAAGAAGAACCCCGUCCUAGCAAGCUGAGAGCCUUUUCAACUUCUGCAGAACAUCCAGGACCACAGAAAGAUCUAGAUGAGUGGCAGAGCAGAGCACCAUGGGCACGACUGCAUGAUUCGUCCCUGGCCGAGGAAGGCGAGGGUCAUCGGAUCCGGUGGCAGCGUUCCUCUACAAACAGCUCCAGUUCACGGAAGUCCACUAGGAACCGUAAAGAACGGCGCAACCGUGAGAGAGGCCGGAGCAGCCAUGACUGCCGUUUGGAGAGGAAACAGAUGAAGGUGCGUGAUCUGGGCCUCGGCUACGACUCGGAUGAGAUCGUGGUGUUUAAGUACUGCGUGGGGACAUGCAUGAGCGCCCGUAAGAACUACGACCUGGCACUGAAAGUGCUGACGGAUAACGGAAGCGUUCCAAGCCGCAAGGUGAGCACUCACCCCUGCUGCAGACCCACGCGCUUCGAGACCGUCUCCUUCAUGGACGCCCAGACGAGCUGGCAGACCAUCAAAUGGCUUUCAGCGGCCAACUGCAGCUGUGUGGGAUGAAAGAAGCCCAGGAGACACAGCCGGUAAAAUCAACCCAAAGCUCCGGUGUAGAAAGCGAGGGAAUUCCAGUGCACGGGAUGCGAUGCAGCGCUCCUGAUGAUGCACUGCAAACGCAGCGGAUCUGCUAGCAUCAGCGCGGGAACCACAGGAACACGGGACGUUCUGCAGGGAGAGAUUUGUAUCAUGUGACCUUGGAGAGCUGUGAAGCGAGUCGUCAGCUUCCUGCUCCAGACUGCGGUUCUGCAUGGAUAGAUGGUGAAAAGUAACUUGAAGGCCUACAUUUCACAUUAUCUGAAACUGGAGAUGUUUUAAGAACGUGGAUGCCAUGAAGGUUCAUUAUAACAGAACAGAAGGUGCUUUUAAAUCACUUAUCAGCUUAGCAUGUGUGUUUAAUAUACACACACUUUCCUUAAGCCAUGUGCACAUUACAAGACUGAAGCGUGUCACUUUGUUAUGUUUGUGAGUAGUCUACAACAAAGAUUUCCUGUUUUUUUUAUUUCCCCAGACAUGCAUAUUGCAUGCAGCAUUUUAGCGGUUUGCAGGCCAGUUCUGAAUGCUAAGUGGUGGAGUUCUGCAUCGGCUCUUUAUAAAGAUGAAAUUACACUGCAUGUCUGGACGUAUGCCCGGUUAUAACUCUCUCUUCCAUCAUCUGAUCAUCAUUAGAUGAAUUACUGCUGCCAUGAUCGCUAGAAAAUGUACACAAACUAUUUUUAAAUCUUUUCAACUCUUUUCUAUUUUAAACAAAUUCCGCCUGCUUUCCAUAAGCAGUACAAGCGCUGAAUUUUUUGAAUAAUGUUGUAUUCUAUAAAAGGCCUGGUUUACAUAGAAAUGAAUCAUUCUUGGAUUUAAAAGAAUGUCAGUGACCUAAUAUACAUUAUUGCUCAAAAGUUUGGAGCUGGUAAGAAACUGAUACUUUUAUUCAGCAACAAUGCAUUAAACUGAUCGAAGUGAGAGUAAAACAUUAAUACUGUAACAAAAGAUUUCUGUUUCAUAGAAAUGUUCUUUUGAAAGUCCUGUCCAAAAAAUAUUCUGGUUGA